AUGCGAUGCCCCCGUCCAGCGGGCGUGGUAGAGUGCCAGAUUUGGGCAGUGGCCAAAGAUGCCUUUGCUGCCCGCGGCGAGCCUUUCAGGACAGCUGCUGUGCUUGGUUGGGACUGGAUCCAUUACCUCUGUUCCGAGUGCGAUGUGCUCAUCCGUCAUAAGGAGGAUGAGGAUGCUACCAGCGAAAUGGUGCAGCUCAUCCGAAGCCACGAUGUCCCCGAACUCAUGUUCUUGCACCUGGACGAGGUCGACCAUGAGGGGCACGAGCACGGCUGGGGUUCCCAGAAGUACUUCGCGGCCAUGCGCGACGCGGACCGCCGCCUGGGGUCCCUGCUGCAAGCCCUAAGUGAUGUCGGUCUCAUUGAGGAAACCUUGGUCCUCGUUGUGGCCGACCAUGGAGGCGUCGAGCACGACCACGGUGGUUUCACUCAGGCGGAGCUUUUCGUUCCCUUUCUGGCGCGCGGGCCCGGAGUCCCUUCUGGCCAGGUACUCUCGGAGGCCGAGGUGUGCGUGAGCCUCCUCGACGUGGCGCCCACGGUUCUGGCAGCCCUGGGCGCUGACUUCUUCCGGGCAAAGACCUAUGAUACGGCCGACCUGGACCACCCGAAUGCUACUCAAGAUGAGCCCAAGACCAGAGCCAGCCAAAAGAAGAGCGGAGCUGCGGCUGAACGAACUUCGCGUGUCGGAAGAUGUUCCAAGAGCACUUCGGUUGCUGGGGGCCACUUGAGACGCCUACGAUUCUUGGGACAUUUGGGAAACUUGGGGGCUGGGACUCAUUCGCAUCACGUGGAGGGGCACUUUUGUACAGCUGUGGAUACGGGAGACCCAGAGGUUGGCAACUUGAGUGUCGGGGCUCCGUUGGCUUUGGUGCGGGCAUCGAAGUAUCCAGCCCGGACAAGGGCGGAAGGCGAAAGCUACACUAUUCUGAACGUCUCCGUGCAGGAUCUCUUGUCGGAAGUCACGGCGGACGUCAAGGCAACAGUUCCUUUGGAAAUCCAGACGCGAUACGUUUUGGAGCAGAAGCCUUGCCUAAUUGUCAUUGGAGGCACAGGUUUGGGGCAACGGGUCAAUGAAGACACGUGGGCAUGUCAGGAAAGUUACGGGGAGACGACACCCGAAACACUGGGGCUGGAGGGUUACUGA